AUGAUGGUCUCCAGCUUCCACGACGGCCCAUCGCAGGCCAGCACCAUGCACAUGCCGGCACCCGUGGAGGGGUUCCAUAACGCCGAACCCGCCCCCAACGCCGCCCACAGCUACCAGUACAGCCAGCAUCACCAACAACAGCGCCGAAAGAGGAAAGCAGAGACCCAGGAUGCCCACAACGAGAGGCUGUCAAAAAGGCUGAGCCUCUUGAAUUUAGAACAAAACGGCUCCAAGCUCUACGUCCCAGUCGAGCAGCCAUCCCCGUCGCAGCCCGCCAACAAUGCCUCCUCCUCUUCGUCGUCCUCAUCCUCAGCGGCGGCAGCAGCCGUCCCCGGCGCAGCCAUGACCGCAGGCGGCGACGAGAUGAUGCUGCUCGACGACACCAAGCACAAGGUGUACAUCUACAACCUGGACGACGAGCUCUCCUCCGACGCCGACAGCGACCCGGACGACGCCAGGCUCGUCUUCCUGCCCGACGUCGAGAGGCACCUGCGCGCCAACCGCAUCGUUCCGGGCAUCCCCGGCACAAGCGUGCCGCGGCCCAUCCUCCCCAACAAAGACGGCGAGCUGGCCGGCAUGCAGCUGGUCCUGUACGACGACGGCGUCCGCAGCGUCAGCGUGCCCGAGGAGCAGGACAGCGUGCGCAAGGCCAUCAUUGAGGCUCGCGAGAGGCACCGCCGCCGCCAGCAGGACGAGCGCGACGCCAGGGCUGUCGCGAAUAACCCCCUGCUGCGUCCCGGGUCCCGUGCCACCUUUGCCACGCCCGUCAAGGUCGCCCCAGGGCAGAUGCAGCCGUUCGCUGGCGGCGGUGCCGCGAGUAUUGUGGAUGUAGACGUUGAUGCUCCAACUGAUGGUGACGCUGAUGCAAUGGAGAUCGACUAA